CAAGGGAAUUGAUUUGUUAGCAUUAAUCUUUUUAUUUCUUUUUUAUUAUCACUAUUAAAAUUUUACUCUGAUAAUAAUCAUGUGUGAGCAGUUUUGGAUUAAAAAAAUAUUUGGAAUUAAAAAAGGCAAGUUUUAAAUAUCAUAUCAAAGAAAUGGAAAAAUUUCCAACUGUAUCAAAAUGCUGUUGCUGCUGCUCACUGUGUACCGGUUCAAAGUUGAUUGGUUAUUGUUUUGCUAUAAAUGCACUAAACAGCAUUUUAUACUAUAGUCUACUUCUAGCUGGGUACGUUUAUUUUAAAAAACAGGCAGUAGAAACAUUUUCAGACAGCAUUGGCCUAAAAACUGUAUGGGUUAUUCAAAUUAUUGUACAACUAAUUAACUUUGGUUCUGCAAUAUUGCUAUUGAUUGGAAUUUCUCAAAAAAGCCGUUAUUUGAUGAAGAUUUGGAUUAUUAUAACUUUGGUUUUUAUCAUAGUUGAGACAAUAGUCAAUGCCAUAGAAUCAUAUUUUACGGAGCCUUCAAUAGCUGUGCAGCUUUUGGCAAUAAUAAUACGUUUUGUUUUGACAGACAUUAUCACACUUUAUUUUGUUUGUGUGGUGAAUUCUUACUCCCUGUCACUUGAUUCUGAAGACUGACGUUCUAGAUGAACUUAUUUUUGAUGUGGUUCAAUGUUGGAAUAUGAACAUAUUUACAACCAGAACAUGAUGCUGAUAAUUAAGACAGAAAAAAAAUCCUACAUCGCUCAAUUGAUUUUAUACAAUAUUGCUGCUUGAAAAUAUU